GCUCAUGUUCCCCUUCACAUUCUACGGAAUCCCUUUCUUGUACGCAUGCGAUAUGGACGGCUUGGCAAGAACGUCCUCAGAAAAUCUGGCACGGACGCGAGUAUUGUUGAUUAUUCGUCCUAUUCAUUGAUACCAAUGCCGCAAGUCUGUCAAGGUCUAGCUUUCCACAGGGGUUCCGAGGCUCGACAUUGUCACUACCUUGGGACGUGGACGCUCGUUGACGCCAUGACACGGGCUCAUAGGCUGUACUGAUCAGCUUUGCAGAUUCAUCUAUUUAGAUUCAGG